AUGACCUUGACCACCCCUCCCCGCGAAGAAGACGCCGUCUCUCCCACUUUCGCCCAGACCACCGCCGAAUUCACCCUCUCCAGUGACGACGGCUCCUCCGCCUCCGAAGACGAUGGCCUCGGCGGUCUUGGCUCGGCCUCGGAAGAAGAAACCCGCGCCCUAAAGGGAAAGGAACGAGGGCGCGGUAGGAAGGGGAGAGGGAAGGAUGCGAGCUUGGAGGCUGACGACGAGUGGACGCCCGAAGAUGACGAUGACGACGAUGAAGACGAGGACGACUAUGACGACGAUGACGACGAUGAUGAGGAGCGGGGGAUUUCGGGGAUACGGUUGCAUCCGAGGAGUGCAAGUGUUAGUACGACAGCUAGCUUUCAGUUGUACACCCACGAGGAGGAGGAGGAGGUCGUGAGAACGUUUGAUCGGAAGUUGGUGGUGUUUGUCGCGUUUUUGUACAUGUUAAGCUUUAUUGAUCGGUCUAACAUCGGCAAUGCAAAAAUCGCCGGCAUGCACGAAGACCUCCAAACCGACCCUCCCCGCGAAGACUGGUACGAAUGGGCCCUCUCUUCCUUCUACAUCACCUACAUCAUCUUCGAAUGGAUGUCCCUCCUCUGGAAAGUCUUCCCGGCCCACAUCUACAUCUCCGCCCUCGUCCUCUCCUGGGGCGUCAUCGCCUCCCUGCAAGCCGUCGCCACGUCCUACCCGAUGCUCAUCGGCCUGCGGGGCCUCUUGGGAAUCGGCGAGGCAGGCUUCACGGGCGUGCCGUUCUACCUCUCCUUCUUUUACAAGCGGAGCGAACUUGCUUUUCGCACCGCCAUGUUCAUCUCCGCCGCGCCGCUCGCGAGCUCCUUCGCUUCCAGCUUAGCAUGGCUCAUCGUCAAGUUCGGAGAAGCUAGCCCCAUCGCCCCGUGGCGAGUGCUCUUCCUCGUCGAAGGGUUUCCCUCCAUCGUCGUCGCCCUCGCUGCCUGGCAUAUCGUCCCAGACUCACCACAAACAGCGCGGUACCUCACCCCGCGCCAAAAGAAAGUCGCCCGCCUCCGCCUCCGCCCCGAAAAGGCCCACCUCCCCAAAUCCACCACCACCGCCUCAUCUUCCGCUCCCUCCUCGGGCCUCUCCCUCCGCGACGUCCUCUCCGCCCUCAUCGACCCCGUCUCCUGGCUAACAGCCCUCAUCUUCUUCCUUACCAACAUGGCCUACGCCUCCUUCCCCGUCUUCCUCCCCACCAUCCUCAAAGAAAUGGGCCACUCCCCCUUAGCUUCCCAGGGUCUCGCCGCCCCGCCCUACCUCGUCGCCUUCCUCAUGGUCCUCAUAACGGCCCGAGCCUCCGAUAACGCCCGCUCCCGCUCCCCUUUCAUCAUCAUCCACGCCCUUCAAUCCUUAACCGGCUACGCCCUCCUCGCCUACGCUGAGCCCUUAGGCCUGUCCCCAACUAUCCGCUACCUCGCCCUCUUCCCCGCCGCGGUGGGCUUCUUCUCCGUGGUCGCGCUGACCGUCACUUGGUCCAUUAACAACCAGCCCACAGAGAGCCGGCAGGGUGGUGGCUUCGCCCUCCUCCAGGUCAUCGGCCAGUGCGGUCCCCUCCUCGGCACACGUUUGUAUCCUGCCUCUCAUGCGCCCUAUUAUGCUAGGGGCAUGCACGCUUGUGCUGCUGCCAUGUUGGGCGUGGCGUUUUUGGCUGUGGCGUUGAGGUUUUAUAUGCGUUGGUGGAAUGCGAAGAUGGAUGUGAGGGAGGCCGUUGAGGGCGGCGAGGUCGUUGAUGGGGAGGAGGAGGAGGGUCUUGUGCGGUCUGGUUCGCGGUGGAAGAGUUCUCGGACUUCGUUCAGGUACAUGCUCUAA